UCUGCUCUAAUGCUAAACAUGCAACUACUUUAUAGAAUAUCCAUUGUUAUCGGAGUGUUUUCUCUGCCUCUCAUUUUGGGUAAGGCUAAGAACCAGCUUCAGCCCGAAUUUCCAGAUGUGGGAAAGGUAUUCGAAGGCUUUCGGGCCGGUCUUGCACUCUCCGACAUCGACAAUGAUGGUGACCUUGACUGUGUAACGACUACUCAAGACAAUUACAAUGCCAGCGUGCAAAGUGCAACCUACGUUUGGCAUCUCCAGGCCGUAAACGGACAUGAAGCGCGAGAUAUUUACUUCUAUGUCCGCCCUGGCGAUGCCCCUGGCCAGAUCCUCUUCAAGAACGAAAAUGUUGAUGGGCCUCUCCAAGAGGGUACAGUAUUCUACUCUGACUACAAGGACUGCGUCGUGGUGGAUUUGCCUUACGGAAACUCCCAAGAAUGCAUGCUGUGGGUAUCUUGGGAAGCAAAGAACAACGUUCCUCAGCGUUGCAGAGACGAAUAUGAAGACAAGUGCGAAGACGCUAAAGAAGCAUUUGAUGAGGAGACCUGCAGCCCUUUUUUCGAAGUCAAUGGAUCAUAGGAUUGUUAUAGCAAUGACACAUGGAGAUUAUUAAUUGCACUACAGCACGUCGCUUGGCUAGUGUAUGCAAAAUAAGUUUCUCACGCUUACAUGGCUUCUAGCACAAUUCCAUAAAAUACCAACUAUAGGCACAAUUUUGAUUGAUCCUGUGGAGCAAACUUUUGAAGCUUUCAACAAUAAAAUCACGGCUGAAAUGCA